AUGAAAACUCUGUCAUUUUUCAGUUGUUUUUUACAGAAAUACCAUAAUUAUGAUGUUCAAGGAUCCGUUAUACGUACAGUGGAAUCCAUGGUGAAAUUAAGAUUGCCCAAACUUCGAAAAGAACAAGAGCAGGCGGAUAGGAGCAAUGGAAGGUUCAUAAAUAGGUUGAGAAAACUUGAAGGACCAAUUGAGAAGAAAUUGGCUGAAGCUGCCACUGAAAAGGAGUCGAUGGCAUUUUUUGAUCACUUGUUGAUGGAUGAUGACGAAAAACCUGAAGUGGAGAUCCUUUCAAAUCUACCAGGAUCAAACAGUGAUAUGGAUUAUGAUGAGUAUCAGAAUACAUGGCAUGAUGCACGAUCACAUGACGACGAAGAUGUUGGAUUUGAGACCGAUUUAUCUACCAAUAACUUUUUAGCAGUUGUUGGUAGGUUUUACGAAACUGAGCCAAUAGAGGAAGUCCUCAAAGGAACAAAAACAGAAAAGGAAUUGGAUGCGAUGACUUCGAUAUUACAGUUCAUUUCGCUCGAAGAAGAGAAAACUUUACCUUCCCUGGAUGAACCACUGGCGAAGGUGUCGUAUAAUGAACCGGCUGUGAGAGCUAUCCUUCUCUCUGACGAAACUAUGUUCUACAGAGAGUAUGUCAAAAGAAUUGAUUCGAAUGGCAACUGCACGCAACAAUGUAUUUGCAAAAUUCAUAUUCCGAUCAGAGUUAGAUACAAAACGCCGUUGCAUUUGGCUGCAGCUGUAUCGAAUGAGACGUUCGUCAAAAACACAUGCUCGAAGGAAGAGGGGUAUGUCCAGAAGCGUGAGAUGCACAUCAUGAAAGAAUUCGAAAUGCAAAAAAAAAUUUCUGAUUUCGUCGACUGCGUUGAACAUUUUGAGGAACUGAUGAGAAACUGGUCUUAUAACAUGAGUUAUACUGACAGUAUGCUAGCAGCUGAAAAUGCUCUGGAACAUGGUCGGGUAGAAGCAUUUUUUGAAAUGAACGGACACGAAUACCAGGAUGCAAUGAUAUCAUAUCAUUCGAAAGAAAAACCUUCCUCUAAUGACCAUCUUGUAAGUUAUUUACAAGGUCUUUUUCAAAAGUUUUCGAUUUUUGGGGAUUUUAGUAAAUGUUUUUGUUUUCUGCCCAGUACUUUGAGCAGAAUAGUAUGCCUUUCAAACAUGGACUCAUUCGAUGACAGACUCCAAUUAUCAGAGAUCAUCAAUACAACCACCCACGAUAAACAACUAUACGCAAUUAACAUGGCAGCGUACAACGGAGAUGUUAAAACAUUACGAUAUCUCGAAGAUCAUAACCUCAGUGUGUUCGAACAAAAAGAAUACAAUGAUGAAGAUUAUCAUAAUACUCUCCUUGAAAGUCCUGCAGCUCAUAUAUUAGCUCAAUAUGGUCAUUACGAUGGGUUCAAUAGUUUAACUGAAGAGGAGAAACGAGUCGAAGAUAAAUAUGGAUUUUGUGCUCUAGUGUCAAUGCUGCAGUUUACUGAUGACCAAAUCAUGCAGCAAAUGCGUUUAUUCAUGAAUAUGAAACGAGAAAAUCUGUUCAUGUUCAUCGCAGAGUGCAUUGUGAAAAACAGAAGGGAACUCACAAUGUUCGCUCUUAAAUGUACAUUUGCAAACAAAGGAAAUUUCACCACUGAUGAAUUAUCGAGAGAUCGAUAUACCCACUACGGUCUUCCUGGCGACAUUCCUCUUCCUAUGGAAACGGCUUUGUCCCGUAUUGGAGACAUCGACUUUCUGGAGAAAAUUGUCAUGUUUUACGCAAGUUCAGAGGUUUAUGCUGAAAAAGUGAAGAGAGAGGAUGCUUUCCGAUGCAUAGAAUCAAUUCAAGGAAGUGCAUCUCAAUGCUCUGAACAAGUUCGUCUUGCCAUCAUUUUGAUGAUGAUGAAUUUCGUACCGCCACGCUCCAAACGUUUCGUGAACAUAAUGAGAAUGUAUCUGGGUCGAGGGGAAAACGACCCAGUCGCAGUAUUCUUCCUACAGAACUAUACACUUUCGAAGUGUCGUCCGUCUCGAGUAAAAUGGGAAGACGCUUUUGAACAAGGACGAGUAGCGGUUAGUGGUUGGAAUGGUACAAUCGAAGAAUCACAGCGUCUCGAGAACAUCAACUUAAAGAAAGGCAAUAAGAAAAUCGCAGAAGGCGAUGAAAACAUUGGAAAAGGGCUUCUCAAAAACAGGUUAGAGGAGAAGCCUCGAACAAGUAGACCGAAAACCGCCAACGAUACUAUGCAUGGGAUAAUGGAAGCGUUUCGACUGUUAAACAUAAAAAAUUGUUAA